ACCUUUCACGGAAUGUGACGUAAUAUAUGACGUCACGUAAAUUACGUCGUAAAUACAAACAACAACAUGGCUGAAUGCGUUACAAAAGACAAUCAGUUUUACCUGGUGGACUGUGGUGAGCAGUUCAUCAGAGAUUACAUGGAACUAAGGGAUGAGCUCUAUAAACAGACACAAUCGCUGACUACGAAGAGCCAGUUACUGUGGGAUGUUGUGCGGACACUCAUAGUGCUGCUACUGCCAGCAAUGGCCAUGACUGGACUUGCAACCAUCUGUCACUGUCUCCUGCCAGGAUUACUAGGAGUCACAUGUACAAUCCUGCUAUUGUCGACAGCUGUUGGGUUCGUCGUUCUUAACCUGCCUCCACUGAACACGGCUGUGAACUCGUACCUGGACUGCAAGCUGUAUGUGCCAAACUUCAUCCUGUGCCAGUGUGAGAACUGCAACGGGGUUGACCCGAAUGUGACACAGAUGUGCAUGGAGCGCACCAAACGCAUGAAGGCCCUCCAAGAGGAAGGGGAUGGGGCAGCCAAGGGUCCGUACACCACCAUUGUCGGCAAGUUUGGUGGAGAGAAGCUGGGAGAAGGGGAGAAGAUCCUGUCCAUGAACUCCAACGGAAACGCUAUCAUCACCAGACUACCAACAAGCCAGACAAAGUGACUAGAAGGAAGCAUAUAUAACUGUUGAAAGAUGCCAUGACCAGUGGAAUCUGUCUAAAUAUUUAUGCCCAUUAAUAAUUUGCAUGGAUAAUUAAUUUUGAUUGCAGUAAUGGUAUUUUGUAUGCUACAAUCCCAAUUUAAUUACAUGAAUAAUUAAUUUUAGUUCCGGUAAUAGUAUUUUGGAUGUUACAAUCCCAAUUUAAUUGCAUGAAUAAUUAAUAAUAGUAUUUUGGGUGUUACCAUGCCAAUUUAAAGUCAUGACAGUAGUUAAUCAUUAAUAUUUAUUUCACCAAUAAUUUCCAGGUAAACAUUUUAACAAAUAAUCUAUAGAAAUCAUAUGACUGGCACAUUAUGAACGUGAAUCACUUGCAUGAAUACAUGCAAAUAACAGUAUAAUACAUAGAGGAAAACCUAGGCAAUUUAUAUAUAGGCUAGCAUUCACAAAUGAAGUCCAAUAGUUCAAGCACAGAUUUGAAAACAUAUAACGAUGUAUGCUUUUGCAAAUAUAUUCCCAGCUCCGAAAAAUACAUUUAAAACUGAUAUUACAAAUCUAAUUCUUUCUUAAAAAUAAGAACUAUUGAAUUAAAGCAGGACAAUUUA